GUCAAUUAUUUGUUGAAAGGUGAUCGUCUAACCCGAUCUCGCAACCUCAGUGCUCGCAGCUUUGCAGUAGUUCCUCUAGGUGACAAUUUUGGCAUGAUUCAAUGGAUUGAGGAUGCUGUAGGCUUGUUUUCAAUCUAUCGCAAAUGGCAACAACGAGAGCAUUUAGCACUAUCUGCUCAUGGGAUUAAGGAAGGAACGCCUAGAAAAAAUUGGCCCAUAGAAGUAUUGAGGGAUGUUUUUACUGAGCUUGAACGCGAAACUCCUUCUGACCUCAUUGCAAAAGAACUGUGGUCAUCAUCCGAUUCUAGCUUGGCUUGGUGGCAAAAAACAAAAGGGCUAGCAAGAUCAGCGGCAGUCAUGUCUAUUGUUGGAUAUGUAAUUGGACUUGGUGACCGACAUCUUGAUAAUAUUUUGAUUGAUGUGGGGCAUGGAGAACUGGCGCAUAUUGAUUUCAAUGUAUGUUUUGAAAAGGGGCGGAGUUUGCGUAUUCCAGAAACAGUCCCUUUUCGUCUUACUCAAAAUUUGGUAGGAGCACUUGGUCCAACAGGAACAGACGGUCUAUUCCGUAUUGCGUGCGAGCAAGUGUUUCGUGUAAUGCGAAAUAAUCGAGAGAUUCUUUUGACUCUACUCGAAGCAUUCAUUUAUGAUCCGCUUGUUGAUUGG